CAGAAGGGUCCAGGUGCCAGACCUGCCAUCUCAAGAACACGAACUCCUUUGAGUGCCAUAGCCGGCUUCGGCGGAGAGCUUAUAUUUGACACUGACAAGGGCAGGAAAUUGAAGCAACCACUAUGAACGCGACAUCACGGAAGUUUUAAUAUGUUUGCUGAAAGGAAUAGAGGUAGCACUGUGCGUUCACGAAGUUCAAAAACCUGGCAUCAUUUGACCCAACCCUGACAGACAGUCAAGUUUGUUGACAUUUUUGUUUAUUUACGUUUCUGCUCUUUGAAGCUCCGCAUCAGCGAAAUGCCCGCGAAAUAUCUAACAUAUUUAUUUCGCAUCUAAAUAUCUUUUAAAUAUCGCACUAUACUAUUCCUACCGAAUUUCAUUCGCGGAAAAUUUAAGAUUACAGUUAAAGGAAGUACGCAACAAAAAGGCGGAAGAGCAGCGAAAUUUCGCUGCGAGGUAGCGCCAUUCAUGAUGGCGGCCUACUCAGAGGAUUCGGGAAGCUCUCAAACAUUUCACCAUGUAUACAGCUGCGAUGUGGACGCAAACUUUAAGAUCAAAGUGGGUACAUUGGAAGGGACUCGUGAAAAGCCGAGCUACCAAGAGCUGAUGAAUGACCCAAUGCUGAAGCAUUCUGGACUGUAUGAUAGCAAUUGCUCGGAUUUAGUGGUGUCUUGUCAAGUGUUCUCGAGUGGGAAACCUCUUGCGCUUCCGACUUAUACGUCUUACAAGCCAUUCACAACAAGAUGGAACUGGAACGAAUGGCUGACACUUCCUUUGAAAUUCAACGACUUACCACGCAAUGCAGUCCUGGCUUUCACAGUCUGGGAUGUGUACGGCCCCAGGCAGACGAUGCCAGUCGGUGGUACCACAGUUUCCAUAUUCGGAAAAUAUGGUGCGAUGAGGCAGGGCAUGCAUGAUCUUCGUCUCUGGUUAGGCGUGGAAGCAGAUGGUGGCAGCAAGACACAGACACCUGGAAAGGUUUACGGAAGCAAAGAUCAGAUGAGCCGCUUGGUUAAACUGAGCAAAAAGCACCGCAAUGGUCACCUUAUGAAAGUGGACUGGCUCGACCGUCUGACCUUUCGAGAAAUUGAGGUUGUGAACAACAACGAGAAGUGCAGUUCCAACCAAAUGUUUCUCAUGAUCGAGUUCCCCAGGAUUGUUCACGAGAAUGUGGAAUACUCUGUGGUUUACUUUGAAAAGGAUGGCAGUGAACCGUGCCAGUAUGCAGCUCCCAACGAAAUAGUUACCAUACCAGAUCCUGACGUGAGCCUGGAAAAUCUGGUCGAGAGCAAACACCAUAAACUUUCUCGUAGUUUGAGGUCUGGCCUGACGGACAAGGAUUUGAAGCCGAAUGCUGCGAUGCGAGACCAGCUCAAUGCUAUCGUGAAUUACCCAUCGACGAAACAACUCUCCAUUGAAGAACAAGACCUAGUUUGGAAAUUCCGGUUUUAUCUCACUAGCCAGAAAAAAGCCUUAGCGAAGUUCGUGAAGUGUGUCAAUUGGUCAGUGCGGAAUGAGGCCGCUCAGGCGCUAGAACUGCUACGGGCGUGGCAGCCCAUGGAUGUGGAAGAUGCCCUGGAGCUUCUUGGCCCCGACUUCCAGCACCCCGAAGUGCGCCAUUAUGCUGUAGCGAGGCUGCAGCAGGCAGACAGCGAUGACCUCUUUUUGUACCUGCUACAAUUGGUGCAAGCCCUCAAGUACGAACACUGCGAAGAGGUGCUGAAUUCUGCACCACCGCAGGCUGAAAGUGGAUCUCCUACGCCAGGUGAAAGAGGAGAUAGGCUAAGCAUUAGUGGAUCAGAUGGGUUACAACGAACAGACCCGCAUUCAGACGUUUUGAGGAACCCAGGCGUCGUUUCAUGUGGGGAAGAUUCUUUUGUCCCAGAAAGUGCUCGAACUGGACAACAUUCUGAGUGCGACCUCGCAACCUUUCUAAUCAACAGAGCGUGCAGCAGCGACACUUUAGCCAAUUACUUUUACUGGUACCUUCACGUAGAAAGCGAAGACCAAGACAACGUGGUAAAGGAUUCGAGAGUGAAAGAAAUGUACCUGGCUGUCAUGAAGAGGUUUAACUACUGCUUACUACGAGGUAACCGCGAAUACAAGCUGCGGCGUGCAAUGUUAAGCAAACAGCAAACAUUUGUGAGUCACUUGGUUAACCUGAUGAAGAUAGUGGCCAGAGAAAAUGGAAAUCGACGCAAGAAGACUGAGAAGUUGCACUCAUUAUUGCUGGAACCAGACUCUCAGUCGUUGGUGCGCUUUCCGGAUGCAUUGCCGCUACCUCUGGACCCCGGUGUUCGAGUGCGGGGCCUCUUGCCGACCAAAUCUGCCCUCUUCAAAUCUGCCCUCAUGCCUUGUCGACUGACGUUUGUCACGGAAGACGACCAGGAAUAUGUAGCUAUUUUUAAGCAUGGAGACGACCUGCGACAGGAUCAGCUUAUACUGCAGAUAAUCACGCUCAUGGAUAAGUUGCUCAGGAAAGAAAAUCUGGACCUGAAGCUCACACCUUACUGCGUACUAGCCACUAGUACAAAACAUGGAUUUGUACAGUACAUAGAAUCAACAUCUGUGGCGGAAGUAUUAGCGUCAGAGGACACAAUUCAGAAGUUCUUCCGAAAGCACGCACCAUCCGAAACAGGACCCUACGGGAUCUCUCCCGACGUGAUGGACACCUACGUCAAGUCAUGCGCGGGUUACUGUGUAAUAACUUACCUUCUUGGAGUUGGUGACAGGCAUCUAGAUAAUCUUCUACUCACAAAAACAGGAAAGCUCUUCCAUAUUGACUUUGGGUACAUCUUGGGACGAGACCCAAAGCCUCUACCUCCACCCAUGAAGUUGAGCAAGGAGAUGGUUGAAGCCAUGGGAGGAAUCAACUCGGAGCAUUAUCAGGAAUUCAGGAAACAGUGUUACACAGCGUUCCUGCACUUACGGAGGCAUGCCAACUUGAUACUAAACUUGUUCUCUCUUAUGGUGGAUGCAAGUGUGCCAGACAUAGCCCUCGAACCGGACAAAACCGUGAAGAAGGUUCAGGAUAAAUUUCGCCUGGAUCUAACGGACGAAGAAGCGGUGCACUAUAUGCAAAAUCUGAUUGACGUGAGCGUUAGUGCUGUUAUGCCAGCUCUCGUGGAGCAGAUUCACAAGAUUGCUCAAUACUGGAGGAGGUGAUGUCAACCUACCCUAAAUGAGAAAGGAAAUGGACCACAACGAACACUGAAUCGUGCCGAGACAGCCUGGUGCUACGUGUUCGUCAGAGUGCGUGCAGCAUUGAAAGUGUCACAGAGACUCCUAUUUUUUGUACUGGAAGGGACAGGCAUUGUCUGGCAUAUAUCCUUGUACAUAAGAGAUUAUGUGUAGAGAUAGUGUGUGUAAAUUUUCUAAAUUAUUCUCAAGAGCAGACAAUGCGACCAAAUGUUUUACGUGGACUGUGAUAACAUCAGUGUCUUUUUUUUUUUUCUUGGCUUCGCACAGCACUGCGUCAGUUGUUUGGAUAGUCAUUUUUUAUUGUGAAAAUAAAGUACAAAGGGUUUUUGGCUAAAAACUUCAGAACUGA